GGCCGCUGUCGCCGCCUGUCGCUGGCUGGGCCGGCCGCCGGCUCCGAAAACGCUAGCAGAGGGCGGAGGGGAGGGGCAGGCGGCGCCCGGGAGGGAGGCACCGGGCUGCGGGCCAAGCCGACCCGGGGUCACAAUUUGGGCUUGGAGCAAAAAUGCUUUCAGAACAGACAGCAGCCCUGGGGACAGGAUGGGAGUCAAUGAAUGUACAGCUGGAUGGAACAGAGCCCCAGAUGGAAAGGGGAAGCCAGGAAGAGGGGCCAUGGAGAACAGCACCAGGGCCACUGGAGCACCUAUGCUGUGAUCUUGAAGAGGAGCCACAGUCAUUUCAGGAGAAGGCUCAAUCUACUCCCUGGGUUCCUGCAAUUCCUCAAGAGGGGAGCACUGGAGAUUGGGAGAUGGCAGCUGCCCUUCUUGCAGCUGGAUCACAGGGCCUGGUAACCAUCAAGGAUGUGUCACUGUGCUUCUCUCAGGAAGAGUGGCGGAGCCUGGACCCCUCUCAAACAGACUUUUAUGGAGAAUAUGUCAUGCAAGAAAACUGUGGAAUAGUGGUCUCUCUGAGAUUUCCAAUUCCUAAACUUGACAUGCUUUCUCAACUAGAAGGAGGAGAAGAACAAUGGGUCCCUGACCCCCAGGACUUAGAGGAGAGGGAUAUCCUGAGGGUCACAUAUACAGGAGAUGGAAGUGAACAUGAGGGGGAUACCCCUGAACUAGAAGCAGAACCUCCCAGAAUGUUAUCUAGUGUGUCUGAAGAUACUGUUCUCUGGAAUCCAGAGCAGGAUGAGAACUGGGAUUCCAUGUCCAGGAGCUCCAGAGGAAUGCUCCUAGGACCACCUUUUCUUCAGGAAGAUAGCUUCUCAAACCUUCUAUGUGGCACAGAGAUGGAUUCUCUCUUAAGACCCCAUACAUGCCCCCAAUGUGGGAAACAGUUUGUGUGGGGCUCCCACCUUGCCAGGCACCAGCAAACACACACUGGAGAGAGGCCCUAUAGCUGCCUCAAGUGUGAGAAAAGCUUUGGACGAAGACACCACCUAAUCAGGCACCAGAAAACCCACCUACAUGACAAGCCCAGCAGGUGUUCUGAGUGUGGCAAGAAUUUCCGAUGCAAUUCCCAUCUGGCCAGCCACCAGAGAGUGCAUGCAGAUGGCAAGUCCUGCAAGGGCCAAGAGGUUGGAGAGAGUCCUGGGGCUAGGAAACGGCAGCGUGCCCAACCAGUGCCAAAAUGCCAUGUGUGCACUGAAUGUGGGAAGAGCUUUGGCCGAAGGCACCACCUAGUGAGACACUGGCUGACCCAUACAGGGGAGAAGCCCUUCCAGUGCCCUCGGUGUGAGAAGAGCUUUGGCCGCAAACAUCACCUGGACAGGCAUCUGCUGACCCAUCAGGGGCAAAGUCCCCGAAGUAGCUGGGACCGAGGGACAUCUGUCUUUUGAAAUCUGUCUCUGCUGCAGUUAUGGUCAGGUCUAUCAGCCGGUGCUACCAGUAGUCACUGCCAGGGCUGCCUCUAUCCUGCACCCCAAUGGCCAGAAUCAUGAGCCCUGGCCCUGUCCCUAGAGAAAUGAUGCUCCAGCAUUGGCCAGAGUAUUUCUCACCAGUUCUGUGAGAACACAUGAAAACAGGGUUCUUUGGGCAAAAUUUUGGGAAACAAUGCAUACAAUGUGGGCUGAUAUUCAGCCUGAGCCCAUUCUCAAAGGUACAGUGGUACCAGCAGUUAUGGCUGAGGUCCAUUCUCAUUGGUUGGAGUAUGUACGUUACCACUUGUUAAAUAUUUUUGAGUAUCACCYUUGUGUAUUAACUAUAUUCUUUCUCUAUAUAUACACAUAUAUUUAUGAAUAUAUGUAGAGAGAGACUAUUUUGCAUAUUAAAGGGUCUGAAAGCUUCUGCAGUAAACUGUUAAUGCAGUGUUUCCUAAACUUACUUGACCUCAAUAUCCUCUUUAUUUCAUAUCCCACAGAACUGGUGACUCCAUGAAAUAUACUCUGGUAAACAAUGAAUUUGAAAGUAAUGAGGAAACAGGAAUGAGAUUGUGAUCAGGCACCCAGAGUCACCCUUUUUAUCCCUGUGAAAGCCAGGGGGCCAGAUGUUGUUCCUGUGUGGGUCUGUCACCCUUACCUUAGUCAUCCAUAUACACAUCUACACCUCUCAAUG